CAGAGGAGGGUGGUGCAGUUACAUUAGCCAGAGGCACAAAGGUGCAGCCUGUGGCACAGAAAGGGACAGGUGAACAGGCUACAGAGGAGCAAUAUGAGCAAGUUUGUGGCACUGCUGUUCUUUUAUACCUUGCUACAUACAGGUAUAUCUCUGAAAUGUUACCAGUGUACUGGAGUCCCCUACAACUGCCAAGAGACUGUGGCACAGUGUUAUAUAAACCAGACAACAUGUAUGUCACAGUCACACUCUCUUGUAGUCAAUGGCACUCUUCAGGAAUGGACAACCAAGGGUUGCUCACAGGGGCUUGUGUGUAAUGAGACAUCAUAUGCUGACAUGGGCGCCAAUAAAAAGUAUGUUAGUACCUACUGCUGCUCUUCAGACCUCUGCAAUACAGGCACAUACUAUGCUCGUGUACCUGUGGCCUCUCUCCACUGUUUCAACUGUAGUGGAAGCAAUGAAUCAUGUGCACUUCAAAACCUGACAGUGAUCCAGUGUGCCGGAAUGCAGGACCGCUGUAUGACAAUCACUACAGCUUCUGUCAAGGGAGGUCUACGUACAGACACAACUCUUAAAGGCUGUGGGACAGGAAACCUAUGUGAUAGAGUUCUGGAGUAUAAUGCUGGAAAUGCAAGAUUGUAUACAGCGACAUCAUGCUGUGGGAAGACCAAAUGCAACAAUGGCACAACCAGAGUUUCUGUGAAAGACAAUCUGAAUGGCUUGCAGUGCUACGCUUGUAAUGAGACCGGUAAAGGAGAGUGUAAGGUUGUCAACACUACUGUGCAGUGUUCUGGAAGCAUGACCUACUGUAUGGAUGCCGUAGGAUUUCCUCGGGGGAACACUCUGAUGAGAGGUUGCUGCUCAAAAGACGUGUGUCUGGGUCUUUCAGUUUCACUUCUAGUCCAAGCCAGUCAGAAGUUCUACUGUUGUUCAGGCAAUCUAUGUAAUAACGGGGAUGUUGAAUCAUAUUUCAGAUCCAGCUCAUGCAGAGUAGAGAUCAGCAGAUAUGCGCUUGGGUUAUUGAUAUUGUCCUUUACAUGCUUACUCAGGGCACUGCUAUAAAGUGCACUCACAUCACUGACAAACAACAGGAACAUCACCUACUCUAUAAGGACAUAUUGAAUGUAGACAGGAAUAAGUCACACACAUUAUUGAGAGCAUUGUACUUUAUAUAAAAACAUACUAAUAAUGAUAACUAGCUCAACAUAUGUAUAAUAACAAUAACCAUUUGUGUUCAGAUUGGAAUAACCAACUAAAAACCAACUGUGUUAAGCUUGGGAUAGCCAACCAAUAACCAACUGUGUUCAGCUUGGAAAAUCCAACCAAUAACCAGCUGUGUUCAGCUUGGGAUAGCCAACAAAUAACCAACUGUGUUCAGCUUGGUAAAAACAACCAAUAACCAGCUGUGUUCAGCUUGGGAAAAACAACCAAUGACCAGUUGUGUUCAGCUUGGAUAGCCAACAAAUAACCAACUGUGUUUAGCUUGGGGAAAACCAACCAAUAACCAGUUGUUUAACUUGGGAUAGCCAACAAAUAACCAACUGUGUUCACCUUUGUGGCUGUUAAACACAUAAGGACAGAUUACAAGUCGAAAACAAAAAUACAAGCGGCAUUGAAUCAAAACAUUGCUGGAGCGCAAUUCAUACAGCUUGCGUUUUUGUGCAGGUAUUACUAGCCCAUGGUUAAUUUUUUCAUGUUGGAUGGCGCAGAUGUGUAAUUUUCCUCAGACAAUAGAUUUCUACAAGGGACCACACUAAAAUUUAUAUUGGAAAACAGUUGGCUGCACAGCUGAUGGAGUGUAAAAAUUCUGCUGAAGUAGUGGAAUGUUUUUUUAAUGUAUAAUAGCAAGGCAUAACAGUUGAGCCCCCUUCUACCGCUUACCAUUGAAAGUAUAGGGUGCACUAUAUAAGUAUUUUAUUUACUAAAUAAAAAAAGUUGUAUUGGCAAAGAAUAUAAUAUUAUCUUUAGCUCAAGUAAAUCAUAAAGUUUUAUUAUUAUUAUUAAGAGUGAAUUUAUUAAGCUGAACCGUUUUUUAUAUUUCCUGGAAUUAGACACAUUCCCAACUAAAGAGUGUUAGUAUACUAUCAAAUAAAUAUGACUAUUAUGACUGAUGUUUUGUUGACAUUUUGGGACAUUUCGAGUUUACCACAGGCUGUUUUUGCACUUUGGAUGUAUCGAGUGUAUUACAAGUUGAAAGUAAACGCCUUCACUCGAGCGCAAUUUAACACGCGGCAGGUUAAUGCAACCUCAGAGCUCUGGUUAACCGAUACGCUUGAAUAAAAAUUUGCACAAAAUACGUCAAAAUUACAUUUAAAAGUACAGUUACUCUCAUAAUAACACCAUCUAAUACAACUGUUAAAAAACAAAAUUACAUUAAAAAGAAAUGAGCUCAAAGCUAUAAAGUCUCAGAUGUAAGGGAAAAAAGGACUGCAAAGGACUUUAACAUAGAUAUAUAUACAUAUAGAGGUCAAAAUAUGUAUAUGUAUAUAUACAUAUAUAUAUAUAUAUAUAUUUCUAUAUAUGUGUGCAUAUGUAUCUUUGUAUUUAUAUGUGUAUACAUGUAUUUACAGAUAUAUAUACACAUAUAAACACAUAAAUACAUAUGUACACAUAUAUAGACAUAUAUAUAUAAGUGCAUUGGAGCCCUUGGCAGUUAAGUAACUGAAAACAUGAAAAAUCAUAUUUAUGCAAUAUUCAUAUUUAAUAAAGUGUUUAUGUAUUUACUGUAAUUAUUUCAAAUUCCAAUGUUAUCGUAAUCUGGCCCAGCAUUAGAAACCUGCUUUCCUGCAACUGGCUCAUUCAUGUCCUCUCUGAGUGGUUCAAAUGUAUGUAUCUGGGUUUGUGUCUAGAUGUAUGUUUGUGCCACUGUUACUACCAGAUUUAGUAUUUAUUUGUAUAGAAGUUUGUAUUUUUAAUUUCAAUUAACUGGGUUUCUAAAAUAUGUUCACUGGCCUUUUGUAUGUAAAAAUAAAUAAAAAAAAGUAACCCACAAAA